GGGUGCUGCCGGUGCGGCGCUAUAAAAGCCGCUGUCAGCCGGGGAGCGAGCAACAGGUGAUCCAGGUGAAGCCUCCUACUCACCGCUGCUGCAGAUCAUCAUGGCUCCGAGACCAGAAGUGGGGUCUGAUUCCUCCCCAGCUCUCGACGGCAAGAACAUGAAUAAAGACCCGGAAAUACCGCCGUCCUACUCCACCAUGGAUCUGGUGAAUGAGCAGAGCGAGGAGAAGGAGCAGGAGAACGAUCCGUGGGAUCUCCCCGAGCUCGCAGACACCGGGGUCAAGUGGUCAGAGCUGGACACAAAAGGAAAGAUUAUGAGAGUCCUGACUGGUGUUGUGAAGUUUGCCAUUCUGCUCGGACUCCUCUAUCUGUUCAUCUGCUCGCUGGAUGUUCUCAGCUCGGCUUUCCAGCUGGUGGGAGGCAAAGCUGCCGGUGACAUCUUCCAGGACAAUGCUGUGUUGGGUAACCCUGUGGCCGGGCUGGUGAUCGGGGUGUUAGUCACGGUGCUGGUGCAGAGCUCCAGCACCUCCUCCUCUAUUGUGGUCAGCAUGGUGUCCUCUGGACUGCUGGACGUUCAGUCUGCGGUGCCGAUCAUCAUGGGCGCCAACAUUGGGACGUCCGUCACCAACACCAUUGUGGCGAUGAUGCAGGCAGGAGACCGAAACGAGUUCCGCAGGGCAUUUGCCGGCGCCACGGUCCACGACUUCUUCAACUGGCUGUCUGUGCUGAUUCUCCUGCCGCUGGAAGUCGCCACAGGUGUUCUGUACAAACUCACCCAAGUCUUGAUCGACUCCUUCAACAUCCAGUCUGGCGAGGACGCCCCCGACCUGCUCAACGUCAUCACGGACCCUCUCACCGACUCCAUCGUCGAGUUGGACAAAUCUGUUAUCACUGGCAUCGCCACUGGUGACCCGGCCGCCAGAAACAUGAGCCUGAUCAAAAGAUGGUGCAAGAAAGAGGAAAACACGACCUUGUGGAACAACACGCUGGCGAGCUGCCCUGCUACUGCCGUCUGCUUUGAGGAAGGAAACCAGACCUGGAUAACUGUGACCGACUACCAGGAGAGAUGCAAACACAUCUUCGCCAGCACGACUCUGUCAGACGUGGCGGUGGGCCUCAUCCUCCUGGCUCUGUCUCUGCUCUGCCUCUGCACCUGCCUCAUCCUCAUCGUCAAGCUGCUCAACUCCAUGCUGAAGGGGCAGGUGGCUGUGGUCAUCAAGAAGGUGCUCAACACAGACUUCCCCUUCCCCUUCGGCUGGGUGACUGGCUACAUUGCGAUCGUGGUGGGAGCAGGGAUGACCUUCAUCGUUCAGAGCAGCUCCGUCUUCACCUCGGCUAUAACUCCUCUUGUUGGUAUCGGUGUUAUUAGCCUCGAGAGAGCCUAUCCUCUGACACUGGGCUCAAAUAUUGGUACGACAACCACUGCUAUACUUGCUGCUAUGGCCAGCCCUGGAGAAACACUGGCCAACUCGCUGCAGAUUGCACUUUGCCAUUUCUUCUUCAACAUCAUGGGUAUCUUACUGUGGUAUCCAAUCCCCUUCAUGCGACUGCCCAUCAGGUUGGCCAGAGGGCUGGGGAACCAUACGGCCAAAUACCGUUGGUUCGCCGCCCUCUACCUCUUCCUGUGCUUCUUGGUGUUGCCUCUGACCGUGUUCGGCCUGUCGAUAGCGGGCUGGCAGGUCCUGGUCGGCGUCGGCGUGCCCGUCGUUGUGUUGGUCAUCUUUGUGAUCGUUGUCAACGUGAUGCAGGCUCGCUGUCCCCACUUCCUGCCCAGGAUCCUGCGCACCUGGGACUUCUUGCCCCGGCCCCUGCACUCCAUGGCGCCCUGGGACGCGGUGGUGACCUCCGGCAUGGGCUUCUGCCGCAAACGCUGCUGCUGCUGCUGCAAGUGCUGCAAGUGCUGCAGAAAGCGCGACGAGGACGACAAGAUCAGGAGGAGCAGCGUGAAGAGUCUGGAGAUGUACGAUAAUCCGGCCAUGGCGAGAGACGAGGACACAAAGGGGUCUGACAAAGCAACACACUUAUAAAUUAUUUUGUAAAAUUUGUAUCUGUGGGCGAUUCUCAAUGCAAUCAUGUGUUUUUGAAACGCACUCGUAAUUGUUCAUCACUUCUCAGGUUGUGGUGUGUUGAUCAUUUCAUGUUGCCGGAUGAUGUACUGAGCACUGUCGAAAACACUGUAUCACCAUAAUGCUGGAGAAUACGAA